AUGUCUGAGCUUAAACUCAAGAUGAAGAUCCUCCUCAUCUUCAUCCUGUGGCUGAUCUCAGCCUCAUCAUCAUCACCAUCAUCCUUUACAUCAAGCCCAUCAUCAUCAUCAUCAUCACAAACACCAUCAUCCUCAUCAUCACCCUUACCAUCCUCCACAUCAACAUCAUCAUCAUCAUUACCAUCAUCCUCCACAUCAAGACCAUCAUUCUCCACA